AUGCCGUCUGAACUCGCUAGUCAGUUCUCGGAGGAACAAUUGGCCACAGCAAGAGCGGUGAUGGCCGCGUUGUCGGCCCUCAAACCUGCAAGAAAAACAAACACAGAACCCGCACCCAGGACAAUCAUGAACCAGGCAACGGAAACACCAGUCGGCACAAAAAGGAAGAGACUACCGAUAAGAAACUUAUUCGGAGAACAGAUCAUAGAACAACACGAACAACACCCCAACACACACCAGGCGAUUGCUCUGCGCAGUCGGCCAGAACCUAUGGUCAUCGAGGAGACAAGAGAAGCACCUCAAAGUUACGCGCCGCGCCGUUACACCAUCCAACCUGCAAACUCACCCCUGUGCGCGGACAUUCUAGAAGAACCAAUGGAGAAAUUGAAGUUCCCACUCUGCAAGUAUGACGGAUCCACCGAUCCGGAGGUCCACUGCAACACAUUCGAACAGCAUACGAUGCUGUAUACAGAUUCCGAUGCCAUGUGGUGCAAAGUGUUUCCCUCCACACUGCUGGGAGUGGCGUCCGGGUGGUAUAAGGGACUGCCAAAGGGAUCAGUGUACAAUUACAGACAAUUAGAAGCAGAGUUCAUGCUCCGGUUUAUCAGUCGGCAGCAGAGAAAGAAAACGUCAGGAGAAUUAAUGGCAGUCACCCAAAUGAGCGGGGAGUCCUUGAGAGAUUACCUCACCAGGUUCAACAACGAGUCCACCAGCAUACCAAACUUGCAACAAGAGAUAGCCGUAGUGGCCCUGAUGAGAGGAAUGAACCACUGCGAGUUCAAAAAAUAUUUGGGAAGGAAAUCCUUCACGGAUCUGGGAAGCGCACUCGUGAAGGCCCAUGAAUACAUCAAAAGCGACGAGCUGAUGACAAUCCCAAACCAUUAUCAGUCGGCACCGACUAGAAAUGUCGCACCUAGACCGGCUCAGCCGGCGCAACAACAACAGAGUAGGGGAUUCAGGAAAGAUGAUCAGAGGAGAGACCUCCGAGGGAGAGAUCACCAGAAACAGUCAACCAACGCCUACCCCACUUUCCAUGAAUACACCCCAUUGAAUGCCCCAAGAGCCGCAAUUUACAACGUCAACAAAAAUGAAAACUGGAAAAGGCCUCCACCAAUGAGCGACAAACCCAGACCACAGUCGAAGUACUGUGCAUUCCAUGACGACUGUGGGCACUAUACGGAAGAGUGCAGAGAUUUGAAAGAUAACAUCGAAGAUAUGAUCAGGAGAGGCUACCUGACACAAUAUAAAGCCCGGCAGGGCAUCAGCAACCAGCAGAAUAGCAGCCGGCAGAGCAAUAACACAAACAACAGAUUACCAGCCACCCAAACACCACUCAGAAUAGAACAAAAGGCACCAGAAACCAGCCGCAGCGGAGAGGCUAGAAAUAAUGGCCAAAAAGGGCCAACAGUAAGGGUCAUAUCCGGCGGACCAUGUCAUGGAGGAUCAAUCAGUGGAGCAGGUAGAAGCCUGGGCGAGCACCGCCACCUGAUAAACUAUCAUAGCGCCAUAAAAUGGCACCCACCCCCAGUCAUGCCGAACAUCUCGUUCACCCCUGCUGACUGCCGCGAAAUCAUAUACCCCCACGACGACCCACUGGUUUUGGGCCUCGAAAUAGCGAACUUUCCAGUAAAAAGAAUACUGGUGAAUGGAGGGAGUUCAGAGAACAUUAUCUUCUGGGAAGCCUUCAUUCACCUGAAAAUAGACGAAAAGGAGCUCACAAGAGUCAACUAUCCGGUGAUAGGAUUCUCCGGAGCCACUGCCUUUCCGGAAGGUAGCAUCAGGCUACCGGUACAGAUCGGAGAAGGGAGGACCGCAAGGGACCUAAUGGUAGACUUCUUGGUAAUCAAAGUUCCAGCUGCAUACAACGUCAUCGUGGGUCGGCCAUUCAUCCACGAUGCACAGGCAGUAGUAUCGACAUACCAUCUAACCAUGAUAUACAUGUUGUAG